AUGGCAGAACCAGACUCCAUCAACGCCCAGGCGAAGACGAAACGGAAGGUGCUGCAGGCCCACGUGAAGUUCUUGAAGCAGCGCUCUGCUGAGGCCAACGCAUUGCUGUCUGGCACUCCAACUCCGGACGAGAUAAGUAGUCUGAUUACUGUAUUUGCUUCUACGAUAAAGAAAGGCGAGGAAUUGUUCGACCUGUUUGCUAAUGUGGUUUACGACUUUGAGGCUACAAAAAAGGGUGAUAAAGAGAAAAAGAAACACGAUGAGCAGUAUGUCGAUGUGGUUGUGGAAUUAAUUACGGAAUGCAAUGAUCUAUUGGCACAGUUACGAGGAAAGUCAGCACAGUGUAAAACAGCAUCCCCAGUGGAGAUAAUAGAUCUGACGAAGGUCAUGGAAGCCAAUACGAAAACACAGGCAGAAACAGCGAAGCUAUUAAACCAGUUUGUCUCAGAACAAAGUGCGGCCAAUGGCACUCCAGUCACAGUAUCAAGUUCAACGAAGCUUCCUGUCCUAAAAAUACCUGUGUUCAAUGGCAAUGUGUUGCAGUACCCAGAAUUCAUUGACAUGUUUGAAUCCACUGUUCACAAUAAUACCAAGCUGUCCAAUGUGGAGAAAUUAGUGUACUUGAGAAAUCACCUGAGCGAUGCAGCACUAGAUACCAUAACGGGCAUUACCUUAACGGGCAAGAAUUAUGCAGCAGCAUUAGGGCUCCUAAAAGAGCGAUUUGGAAAGCCACAAGUAAUUGCCAACAUGACGUAUCACAAGCUUGUUACCAUUAAGCCACCAGUGAACACACCAGUAGCGUUACGGAAGUUCCAAAAUGAAGCAGAGGCGCACUUGCGGUGUCUGAAAUCAGCUGGUUCAGACUAG